UGUGCUCCUAGUGAACUAAGGUUGGAUCCGAUGGUUUGCCACUUGCAGAUGAGAUCCUGUGCUCCUAGUGAAUUAAGGUUUGAUCCGAUGGUUGGCGACUUGCAGUUGGAUCCCACCGGAUUUGAAGAUUUGCCCAGGUCAUGUAUAGCACUUGUUCUCUGCUUUCUUUCUCCUAGAGACAUAGCCAUAUCAGCUUGCGCUAAUCGCGCGUUCCGAGGUGUAUCUCUUUCGGAUGUUGUCUGGCAAGCCAUGUUGCCAAAAGAUUAUAAUGAAGUUCUUGCAAAGGCAAAGGACGGCGCACGCGCCUUCGAUUCUAAGAAACAAAUCUUCGAUUAUCUCUGCAGCAAGGUCCUUCUUCAAAAUCAUGAGUUCUAUUGGCUAUCGAGGUCGCUUGGAGGAGUUUGUCGAAGUCAAGGCGCUGAAGCCCUAGAUGUUGUAUGGGGUUCUGAUGAUCGAUACUGGGAUUGGCUUCAGCGGAGUGGUUCCAGUUAUGACAAAUCGGCGUAUCUCAAAGCAGUCUGCUGGUUGCAUGUUAAGGGGAGCAUGGAGUGUUCCCUACCAGUCGGCAAGUACACUCUCUCGUGGAGGUUUGCGUUGGAACAGAAUGAGUAUGGGUUUACCCGACGCGGGGGGAUUUGGCCGCUUGAGUUUUCGAUGUCAGUCAAUGAUCAUGAAACUGUUAAGAGUUUUCAGACUUAUUUGAGAGAUGGCCAAUCCUCAUACGAAGGUGAGCAUUCAUCCGAUGACGAAGAUCGAGACGAAGUAGACACUGACUGGAAAGAAUUUCAUGUUGGAGAUUUUUCUGUAGAAGAGGGAGAAAAAGACUCCCGAAUUGGUCGAGUUAAACUGCAAUACAGUCUUGUCGAAACUAGAGGAGGUAUUUAUAAAAGCGGUUUGUGGUUGGAUGGUGUUGUGAUCAUGCCGAAGCAGAAAAGAAGUCUUUCUACCUUUCUGUGGUAGCUACAAGGAAUGGAAUAGUAGUGGAUGGAUGAUUUCAUUGUCAUGCCCGUGCAACCAGGAAUAGAAUAGAUAACUUAUGAAGUGACUUGAGCCGAUCUUAAAGCAAUCGGCAUUACUGCC